AUGCCGCACACAAACGGAAAAGAAAAAGGUGGUCAAAACUGGAGAUCCGGUGGGAACGAGCGAAGAAAACGGAAAUUCAACGGAGAGCAGGAUGCUAGUGUUACGAAAGUGCUGAAAGAGAAGAGACUUCUGAAGAAGAGGAAGCAGGAGUUGAAGGGGCAAGAAGAGAUUAUGCUGGAGAGUGUGGGACAGAAAUACCAGGAAAUGCUCAAAGUACUCAAAAGAAGAGUUGAAUUCAAAAGUAACAUACAUUUUCAGAAAAGUACGCGGACGUUCCUACGCUUCGAAGAUUUCCCACUCUCCUGGAGAACGUUGGAAGGACUGAAAGAGAAUGAAUACGUGAAGCCGACUGAGAUCCAGAGAGACACAAUUUCCUAUUCACUGACUGGUUCCGAUGUCGUCGGAGCAGCCAAAACGGGAAGCGGAAAGACCCUCGCCCUCGUGAUUCCCGUGCUGGAAGCCCUUUGGAGGGCCAAGUGGACUCCCGAUCACGGCCUCGGCGCCCUCAUCAUUUCGCCGACCCGAGAACUCGCUCUUCAGACGUUCAGCACGAUCAACGCCGUCGGGAAACACCACGGAUUCUCAUGCGGACUUGUGAUUGGCGGAAGUGAAUUGGCAUUCGAAAGGAAUCGAAUCAGUGGGGUGAACAUCAUCGUUUGCACUCCGGGAAGACUUCUGCAGCACAUGGACGAGAACGAACAGCUGAACUGUGAUCCCCUUCAGAUUCUGGUGCUUGACGAGGCCGAUCGCAUGCUCGAUAUGGGAUUCUCGAAGCAGUUGAAUGCAAUUAUAGGGAACCUUCCCGCUGAAAGACAGACGUUGCUCUUCUCGGCUACUCAGACAAGAAAUGUGAAAGAUUUGAGUAGAGUUUGUACCAAUGUGAGUGAAAGUAACAGUUUAAGCAAUCAAACCACUGCUCUUCCAGGAUCCCGUGUUCGUUUCUGUGCACGAAAAUGCGACUGCAGCCACCCCAGACAAUCUGAAACAGUCGUACGUCGUCGUGGAAGAAGAGAACAAACUGAACACAUUAUGGUCGUUCAUUGAGGCGCACAAGAAGAAGAAGUCGCUCGUGUUUGUCUCCAGCUGCAAACAAGCACGCUUCCUGACCGAAGCGUUUUCUCAACUGCGUCCCGGACUGCCCGUUAUGGGUCUUUGGGGUACGAUGAACCAGAAGAAACGAAUCGAAACGUUCACGAAGUUCGAUGAGAGCAAAACCGCCGUGCUGAUCGCCACGGACGUCGCCUCGCGAGGACUCGAUUUUGAGCACAUUGACUGGGUUAUCCAGGUAGACUGUCCUGCUCAAAUCGACGAUUACAUUCAUCGAGUGGGCCGAAGUGCGCGGAUGGAUGACACUGGAAACUCGCUUCUGAUGGUCACUUCAUCUCAGCAGGACGAGAUGAUCGCCAAGCUUGAGAAGCAUUCGAUUCCGAUUGAAGAGCUCAGAAUUGAUCCGAAGGCGAUGACUGAUGUGCGUGUGAAGCUUCGUGAAAUUCUGGCAGAAUCACAGGAACUGAAGGAGUACGCUCAGAAGAGCAUCGUCGCUUAUCUCCGAUCGAUUUACACGAUGAGAGACAAGAAGAUAUUCGAUGUGAAUUCGAUUGACGCGGCCGCUCUCGCCGAUUCGUUUGGACUAGUUUCUGUGCCGAGAAUCAGAUUCCUCGAUAAACAACAGAAUGAGAAGAAGAAAAAGAAAAAAGAUGAGCAAAAUAUGGAAUCAGAUGAAGAAGAGGAAAAGAAGCCGAAGAGAGACUCCUCUCUCGUUGGAAAGUUCGUCAUCGACGAAAACGACGAGGAACUGUUUACGAUUAAAAAGAACGGAAAGGAUCUGGAAGAGCGGUUGGAUGAAGAAGAAGUUGAUGUCAAGAAGGAAAAAGAGGAAGAGGAAGAGGAGAAGAUCACUCUCAAAAAGGGAAAACCGAUCAAGAAGGCGUUGACAAAGGUCGGAGCCGCGAAGAAGAUUCUGAAUAAAAAAUUGCGAGUGAAUACGAAGAAGAAGUUUGAGGACGAUGACGACGAAGGCAAAGUGGAGGGUCCGUCGACGAUCACUUCCUACGGACUAGACAUUGAAAAGGCGAAGCAGCAAUUGAAGAGCGUCGAUAAAGAAGAUCGGAAACGGUUCAAAGAGUUGCGAGAACAGCGAAGGCAGGAGAAAUUAGAAAAAAAGAAGAGAAGGACGGAGGAGUACGACAUGGAAGAGGCGGAAGAAAGCGACGACGAACCGGACAUCUCGUGGUUGCCGGAUCCGGAUGCGGUCAGAAGAAAGUACGCGGAGGAGAGCGACGAGGAAGACGAGCCCAUGGAUACGGAGGAUCUGGAGAAGCAGGCACUCGCACUUCUCGGGAGAAGACAUUGA